CCACCGUACAAAGCCAUGCCGAUAGUCGAUACCGCCUAUCGAUCUAUUCGUUGCCAGCCACCGAGGUACCCAGUCAGCACCUGCGUAUCGAUAUCAGCACUUUGGGCUCUUCGUUUUAUUGCUUGUGAUUCCUUUAUUUAUUGUCGCGAACUGUCUAAUUACUAUCCCUAGCUUUACUUAACUACUACGUGCAGUGCUCUGGCUUGCGUGCCUAAGCAGCUGAUUCAAAUCGGCUAAUUCCAAUUGAGCAAUUUACUCCCACAAAAAAAGCAGUGGUGUCGAUGGUGCUGCCGUUUUAGCCAGUUUUGUGAGCCCAGCGGAGCCCCGGUGGAGCAAGAUAGUCGAAAAAUGCCAUUGAAGUUCUUGAAAAAGUGUCGCCAGUACAAUGUUACGUCCAAGAGUUUGUUUGUUAUAUCAGUGCAUCACCUGCUGGACACCUCCAGCACAGUGGACUGCACGAUCAGCUCGGAGAGCAAGGGGCAGGAGUGCCUGGACAACGUUUGCCAGCGCUUGCUGAUCCAGCAGCCGGAGUUCUUUGGCCUGCGCUACCUGGUCAAGGGCAAGGACAAGGAGGACGAGUUCAAAUGGAUCGACCUGGAGCGCUCGCUCAGCCGGCAGCUGGAGAAGUAUGCGGCGGGUCCGAAGAUCUACUUGCGUGUGCGUCACUAUGUGACCACUGGCGUGCGCCACUUGAGCGACGAAGCCACCCGCUUCUACUACUUCCUGCAGCUGAAGAGCGACAUAUACGAGGGCCGCAUCGCCUGUGACAUCCGCACGGCCAUAUUGCUGGCUCUCUACUGCCGCCAGGCGGAGUACGACAGCUACCAGGGCGACAAACAGAGCAAGGACUACCUGAAGAAGUCGCUAGUCCUGCCGCGCAACAUGCAGGGCCUGGCCAACGAUGACAGCAUGCUGGAGGGACUGAUCGUGGAGGUCCUGCAGCAGCAGGCGGGCAUUGCACAUCUGAGUCAGAGCCAGGCGGAGGAGAUGUACAUACAGUGCUGCCAGCAGCUGGAGGGGUAUGGGGAGGAACGCUUCGCCGCCAAGGACACGCUCGGCAACGAUUUGCUGCUGGGCCUGGCCAUCAACGGGAUGGUGGUGAACGCGGACAACGGGCGGCAGUAUUUUCCAUGGAAGGACUUCCACACGGUGACCAUUGACAAGCGAACGAUCAAGAUCGAGCAGAACAAGCUGGACGGCGGCGGAAGCAUCGUGGGGAGCUUCAUAUUCGGCGAGGCGGACACGGCACGUUACUUCUGGAAGCUCACCAUCAGCCAGCACAAGUUUUUCAAGCGCUAUAUUGACACCGCCACGCCCUCGAGCCUGGGAAGUGGUGCAGAUGCGGAGAGUGGUCCGCUGGGCGUUGAUAGCGUGGGUUAUGUGGACUACGAUUAUAAUGAAGCGGCGACCGCCGAGCAACUGCAACAGCAUCAGCAGCAGCAGCAACAUAUCCAGCAGCAGCAACAGAUUCAGCAGCAGCAAAUGAUUUCCUCCAACAUAUCGCUAGCUGCCAGCGCGAACCAGAUGUUGGGACAAAGCAGCUCCUGCCUAGAUCUGAGCAACAACAACCUGCACAGCAGCAGUGGCAUGCUGCACCACGGCAGCAGCAACAACAACAAUAACAAUGAGGAGCGGGAGCGCCUCAAAGCCAUGCUGCCCACAUACCGCCCGGCACCAGACUAUGAGACGGCGGUCCAACUAAAGUACCGCACACCUUCGGCGGAAUUCCACAACGUGGCGCUGGCUAUGGCCGCGCCCGGAAAUGCCUACUAUGCAGGCUCCCAGCCGGAUGUCCACAAUCCAGGCAUGCACAACGACAACUUGCUGUACGGUCAUAUGACUGCGCAUCGUUAUCCGGACGUGGCCCAGCCGGCGGCUGCCCUACACCACCACAUCAACCUGUACCAGGCGCAACAUCAACCGCAGUCACAUCCACAGCCCAUGAGCGCCGCCCAGGCGUACCUGGAGCUCUCGCAACGCAUGCACAUGAUGCGUCACAAGGCCCCUCCGCCGUAUGUCAACCGACUGAGUUCCUCCUCCACUCCCGAUCUGGCCGUGGCCACUCCCCGUUCCCUUCAGGGCUUUCGCAACUACGUAAGCGGCUCCUCGCCGGAUCUAGUCUCUAACCGCACCCUCUUCAAUGGCGGUCAGUACGUUGCUCUGCCCGCUGGUGGACAUGCCGGCAACAUACCCACAUCCUCCGGAGCCACCAUGCUGCACCAGUACCAGUACGUGAGCCACAUGGGGCACUCACAGCCAUACCUGCCCCCGCACGGCACCUUCGAGAACCUCAACAUGAUUGAGGAGCAGCCGUCCAUUAUGUCGCAGCUGCGUCAGUCAGCGAUGAGUCAGGCAGCAGCUGCAGCUGCCGGAUCCAUGGUAUCGCAAAGUUCACCUACCCUGCCGCCGAGUGGCUAUCGUAGUUCUGUACCCCCGCCAGCCAGCAGCCCGCUUCCACCGCCGGUCGUGGCUUCGUCCCAUAAAUCUGCGACGCCAGCGCCUCUACAGAGGAGCUUAGUGAACGGAUCAAUCGAGCCCAUUUACGAGAACGUACCCCUGCCACAGAGAGCCUCCGGUGGCAGCAGUGGCGCCGCAAAUACUGAGGCAAUGCGUCAAAGAGCUUCGUCCAUUCAGUCUGCCCCCGGCGUUGUUCCCGUUCCAGCUGCUCGAAACGCCAGCUCCAACAACGUGGUUACUGUAACCGUGAAUUCCCCACCCGAAGAUGGGAACAUAAAGCAGGGGUACGGCGCUGACCGAGCAGCAAGCACGGAGCUUCUGUUCCUGGAACCGCAAGCUCCUAAGCGAACCAACAGAGCCGCCAGUGCAGCGCCUGAUAUGGGAGCCGCACCUCCACCACGACAACAUCGCUCCACAGCCAGCCUAAACAAGUCGGCGACGGUCGACAUGAUCACGCCGGCCGGGGACACACUGCAACAGCAGUUCAGUGCCAUGAAUCUUUCUGCCAACACAUCUGCUUCCACAUCCUCCAUGUUCAACUCAACGCUGGACACAACGUCCUCAUCGGCGGCCAGCAAAGACUUAAAACGCAAGAAGCGCUGGAACUUCUUAUCACGUAGCAAAACGCCCGACAAACAGAAAUCCGCCACGCUGGGCAGGGAAAAGGCCACGACGGCAGGCCAGCACUCCAAGCUGGCGGCGAAGCUGAAGCUAGCUCAAGACGAUCUCAACCUGCCAAAUCGUUGGUCCACGGGCGUCAACAAGCCGCAGCCUAUUUCCGGACGAUAUUCCAAGGACAAACUGUGCCAAAUACUAGAUCAAAAGCUAAGUGACUCGCAGCUAUUCAUGGAGUUUGAACGAAUACCGAAGCGACGGGAGCAUGCCCUAUACGAGUGCGCCCUGCUGGAAGAGAACGAGCCAAAGAACCACGACCCAAACUUUUUACCCUAUGACGACAACAGAGUGCGACUGACCCCAUCGAUGGAUAACCGGCAUGGUUACGUAAAUGCGUCCUCCAUAUCUGCCACUGUGGGCACUAAGCAGCGGUUUUACAUUGUGGCCCAGUCGCCACAGGAGUCGCUAACCAUGCGCAUCUUCUGGCAGUGUGUGUGGGAGGCUGAUGUGUAUUUGGUGGUCCAGCUAACCGAGGAUAUGAGUUAUAUUCCUAGAAGCAGUCAUCAGCGUCUCGAGUUUGGUCAGUUCCAAGUGUAUCAGGAAUUCUCACAAACCACCGAUCGAUGCACCACCAUUAAGCUGCGCCUUUACCACGUGCCAUCGCGUCGAUACCGUUCCGUUUGGUAUCUGCAGUACGCUGAUUGGGCGGAGCAGAAUUGUCCACGCGAUGUGAAUCACUUCCUCGAUUUCCUCGAGGAGCUGAAUUCCGUGCGACUGGCAUCCACGCAAGAAGUUCCUCCGGGCCACAACACAAAUCCUCCAGUUCUUCUUCACUGUCUAGAGGGAGGCGGUCGUUCCGGAGUGACACUGACUGCCGAUCUUUUGCUGUACACCUUGGACCACAACGAGGACCUAGAUAUACCUCGUGUUAUUGGGCAGCUAAGGCAUCAGCGGGACAGCAUUAUACCAUCCCUGGCGCAAUACAAGUUCAUAUACAAUCUGCUGAUUACCUACUUGAAGCGCACGAGGCUGAUCUGAGGUUCUAAAGAAAAUGGGAAACUUGUCAAGAAGUAUUUUUUCUUUGUUUAAGCUAUAAUACUUAAAAUCGAACAAAUUUUCUUUAGUUCUCGUUUUUAAAAAUCAGUACAACUCCGUUCAACCAUUUUAUAUUUAUACUGGCAGCUGACCCUUUAAUCGUUAAAUUUUAAUACCAACUAGAUUUUAAGCUUUAGAUUUGUUAUAAAAACUGAACACCCCUUCAAUGGCCACUUUAUACAUACAUAUACUCGUAUAUAAAAAUAGCGCAUAGGUAGUUGUUUUGGCAAGCCAGUAAAAAUGCCAGUUAACUAACCACAGCCACCAAAAUUGGGCUUAGGUUUAAAGCCGAUGUAUUUAUACAUGUGUAUUUUAAUAAAUAUCGAAAUAAAAAUUUAAAGAAUUGAUAAAAAGCAAUAAACACAUGUAAAUCUUA